GUAGAGAAGCAACUAGAGGUGUUUUACUUUCUUUUUCUGAAAAUAUGAGUGUUAAUCAAUCCGGGUUCAGUAUUGUGAUACCCGAACGAAGAGCAAAAUCUAUGUUAAAUAUAUUUCAUUUUUGGAGGCUAAUUUUUGUUUUCUUCCACAAAAGGAUUAAAAUAGAAAAAGACAUUUCUACAAAGUAUACAUUCUGUCUGUAAAAGCGACUUGAAUGGUACAAUCUCGUUCUGCAAAUAUGUUCCCAUCACGGAGAAAAGAAGAAGGAGAAAAACAGCAUCAACAACGACGACGACGGAAACAACAAGAAGAAGGAGAAGACCACCGACGACGGCGACAACAACAACAACAACUGGAAGAUGAAAAUCGACGACGACAAGAACGACAAUCUCGUCGACAUCAACAACGUGAAGCUGAAGAAGAAAGACGACGACGACACGCAGAAGAUGAUGAAGAAAUAGACGAAGGAGAUGAAGAACAAUAAAAACGAAUACCAAGGCGAAGACAUAGCCCUUAAAAAGCUUCAAAGCUACGCACUCGGUCUGUCAACAUCUUGCCGACUAAUGCAUAUCAUAACGCACUCAAAAUAAAUGUCAUCAUCAUCAUCAUCAUCA